UCGUGCAUGUGACUGGAGUUCGAAAAUCUGUCACUUCAUAUUAUUUUGACAUCGAAUUCGGCACUCUCUUCUAGUUGACAAUUAGUUGAAGUUUCUCAUAACUCUAGACAAAUAUAUACUUAAUUAAAUCAAGCAAAUGAUUUACAAUUUUUUUUAAGAAUUUCAUGUCGCAUUUAUCAAAUCACGAUUAUAUUCUGACACAUCGCUACUGAUUAUUAAUCAUCAUUGGUUCACGAGUUGUGUCGUUGUGUGACCGAUUAAUCCUUCAAUAAGCCACGAGCAAACAAAUAACGAUAGUAACUUUUCAUUUAUCAUUCAAUAGCAAGUUGAAAAAACUGAAGAUAUAAAAUGGCUCAAAGUGGUGCUCUUAUUACACGUUUGGUUGCAUCCUCUGUGACAGCAGCAGCAACAGCUGGGAAGAUUAUUCGAGAUGUUAUGAGUAAAGGCGAAUUGAACAUUGUUGAUAAAGGGAUAAAUGAUUUACAAACAGAGGCAGAUAGAUCUGCACAAAGAUGCAUUGUAACAUCCUUGACAAAACAAUUUCCUGGUGUAACUAUAAUUGGAGAAGAAGAACCUUCAAGUUGUGAAGUACCCUCCAAUUGGGUUGUCACUGAUAUGGAUAAUGAUGUACUAAAAGUUAAAUUGCCAGAGCAUUUAGAAAAUGUAAAUGCUCAAGAUCUCUGUGUAUGGGUCGAUCCAUUAGAUGGAACCUCUGAGUACACACAAGGUCUUGUGGAACAUGUUACAGUAUUAGUUGGUGUUGCCCUUGGUGAUAGAGCAAUCGGAGGAGUCAUUCAUCAACCAUUUUUUAAAAAUGCUGGUAGUGAUUCUUGGGGUAGAACCAUAUGGGGAAUUGAAGGCGUUGGAAUAGGAGGACUUAAAACAAUACCACCACCUCAAGGAAAACGAAUCAUUACAACUACUAGGUCGCAUUGUGAUAGUACAGUUCAAGGUGCUUUGGAUGCUUUGGAGCCAGAUGAAAUUUUGAAAGUUGGAGGAGCUGGUCACAAAGUAAUGCUUUUAUUGGAAGGAAAAGCUCAUGCAUAUGUUUUUGCAAGUAGAGGCUGCAAGCGUUGGGAUACCUGUGCACCAGAAGCUAUUUUGCAUGCAGCUGGUGGUAUUUUAACAGAUAUGCAUGGACAAAAAUACCCUUAUAAUUCUAAAACUCCUCACCCUAAUUUAGGAGGAGUAUUAGCAACUGCCCCAGGGCAAAAUCAUUCUUGGUAUGUUUCACGCAUUCCAAAUGAUAUAAAACAAAGACUUAUCUAAAUUCAGUUUAUUGU